CGUUAAUUAAGUUAUUGGAGUUUUUGAAAUUGUCCGCCAAGGGCAAGUAACUUCCAACUCAGUAGUAGAAGGUACACAGAACUGUAUGGAUGUGAUAUUCUCUGAGAGCUACAUUGGUUAACAUUAUAGACUCAAAAUCGCUUGUGUUUCUAACAAAUGAACCAAAACACAAAGUUACGCAUACUGGAGUGAAUGAUACAUAUAUCUAGGAGAUCAGAAUUCAUUGGAGACAUAGUUUUAAGACUCUAAGUCGAACUAUAUGGAUAGUUGCCGCAUAAACACAAAUAACAUAUCGCCACUUGGAUUAGAGUAGUUCAGUGCUGAUCUGAUAAAAACAUAUCAUAUUUUUAGCUUGGAGUUCUUGAGAUUACAUAUAGUUAGCAUGGAUUAGCUCUCAAUUAAGGAAUUAUUACUAUCACUGCUGUGUCGUCGUGGAUACUGAAUUAGUUAGUUAUUUAGAAGUUAUAACCCAGGAACAUAAAGCUAAAGUUAUACUGUACUAAGAGGUGAAUCAUCACUGAUAUAAGAUAUCAACUGACUGAAGAGGAAGUCAAAUGUGACAUCAGGACUUUGGAUUAGUCUAAGUUGGCUGGAAAAUGGGGGUGGCAGGAUUAUGUUACCUCUGUCUAUGGACAUUACUGGCAAUAAUGAACUCUUCUGCAUCAGAAGAUCCUCCCAGAUUCCUCCAGGAGCCAGAAGACACUGUAGCAAAGCCACAUGGGAAGGUUGUCCUCCAUUGUAAAGUGCAUCCUCCCUCUGCCGAUGUCUCCUGGUUGUAUAAUGGGGAUUUCAUCACUAGUGAUGUUGAACAUGGGCUGGAGAUCGAUGGAGGAAGAUUACACAUUUUAUCCUUUAAGCACACAAAAAACUACACCAAUCACGCUGGGGUCUAUAAUUGUGUGGCGAAUAAUUCUGUUGGUUCAAUAGUCAGUCAGCCAGCAACACUUUCCAAAGCCAUUUUGGGGAACUUUAAAUAUGAAGAGAAUCGUUUAAUUAACAUCACAGUGGGCAAUGUUGGUCUGAUCCCCUGCAAUGCUCCUAAAGGAAAGCCUUAUACACAAACAGUAUUUGAAGUAAACAGUACAACUAUAGACAAAAACACAGCACGCUACCAGCUGCUCCCCUCAGGAAACCUCCAAGUAUUAGACAUCCGGCAGUCAGACCAGGGCAAGUACAGAUGUAUCGCCAUCAAUCCCAUCACUGGACAGAAGAAAGCAUCAAAAGGAGUGGUCGAGGUCAAGGUCAUAUCCCCAACAACGAACAAUCCACCAUUGAUGGUGCUGCCACCUAAGGAUCAGGUUGUGAAGGCGGGAGAGAAUGUGACGCUAGAGUGUGUUGUCAGUGGUUCUCCUGUUCCCGUGGUGACUUGGGGGAAAUAUGUUGGGGAACUUCCCGAGGGUAGAUACAAGCAGGUCCUCGGUAACCUCCAUAUUGAAAAUGUCAGCAUACAUGACCAGGACACCUAUAUAUGCAGGGCUGACAAUGGGGUACAGCCAUCCAAGGCUGAUGUGGCAUUUGUAAGAGUGCUGAGUCCCCCUGUUAUAGAGGUCGCUCCUACAGAUCAGAUAGUGACUGAAGGAGAGACCGUGAUAUUCCAGUGCCACGCUCAUGGCUCCCCUAAGGUCCACUACCAGUGGCUCUUUAACUCUGUACCUCUUAGUAAUGGAGAUUCCUACAAAGUGUCAGAUACUAAACUGACCAUCAAUAAUGUGCAGGGACAGCAUGCAGGCAUGUACCAGUGUGUGGCCCGUAAUAGACAUGGUCAGUCUGGGGCUAUAGCCAGGCUAGAACUGAAGACAUUCUCCACCUCACCUCCUACCUCAGUCCCUACAGUCCUGCCAGACAACAUCACACAGGAGCCAAGCCAGAGAGAUGUGGCCCCAGAUUCACAUCUAGAGCCCAGAGUAACUAGAGCGCCACUCGGAGAGAGGAAACCAAACCAAGGUGACAACAAAGUUGUCAUGACAACCCCAGUUUCCAUGGUGACUAAUAUGCCUGAACCUACAGGUGUGGCCCCUGCUCGUGGUGGGCCUGGCUUUACUCGUCCACGGCAACCUGAUUCCCCUAGGAAGGGAGGAAGGGGCAGAGGGAAUAGGAGGAAAAACAAGAAGAAUAGGAAGAAAAAGAAGAAACCCUCAAUGCACCAUGAAGAACGAGUGAAUUCAAAUGCUAAGAAAGUUCCUCCCAGUAAACCCACAGUGAGCAAGCUGUCUGAUACAUCAGUGAAGUUAGAGUGGACAGUGCCACCAAAUGAUGGACUCAAGGUCACUUUCUUCAAAGUGCAAUUUAAGGUUCUUCCAAGCAAGGAUGCCAAUGUGAGGAGGGAUCAGCAUGGUAAUGGCUGGAAGACCAUUGAUGAGAACAUACCCGAUGACAAUACUAUGCAUGAAGUCACUGGACUUGAACCUGGUCAAACAUACAGAUUUAAGAUAGCAGCAGUUUACUCAGAUAACGACCAUGAGUUCAGUCAGACAUCUGCCAAGUUCCAUCUUCAGGCUGCCCCAGCUCACAGGCCUAACAAGCCCUCGACACAUCCUGUCAUUAGUGAUUCACGUGCCAUAUCGUAUAGUUCAAUUGGGAUAAAGUGGCAGUUCCUUCCAACUGACACUGAACCAGUAGAGGGCUUCUAUAUCUACUACAAGCAGAAAGGGGAUCCUGACCAGUUCCAGAGACGUCGCAUCCUUGGUCCACAUAAAAGGGAGAUUCCUAUACAGAACCUCAAGGCAGAUUCUGAUUACAUUCUGAAGCUGACUGCUUUCAAUGCUGGUGGGGAGAGUGACUUCAGUGAACCUGUCAUGAAGAGAACGCUUGUGUAUGGUUCAGAACCAGAGCCAUUCUUCCCCACUGUGAAACCCUCUCCUGAAGAGGUUGACGAUGCAGCAGAGAAAAGCACGCAGUCGAGCAGUGAGAUGCUAUAUAUGGUGCUAGGCAUCGUACUGGGAGUCAUGAUGCUCCUAUUGGUUGUUUUCAUGGUCAUGUGUGCAUACAAACAACGACAACAGCGUAGAAUGAUGGCUGCCCUAGAUGCCAAUUAUCGCAGUAAAUUCUCAGAUCCUUCCCGCAAUAUCCAUAACGACCAAAGUUCAUAUAAAAAACAAAAUGGCUUCAUUCUUAAUGGUCUAAAUGGAUCAAUUCAAAAUGGUGGAGUAAAUGGGAAGAUCAGUAAUGGCCAUAUAGGGAAUGGCAACCAGUUCCAUCCGGACCAUAUGAACAUUAAUGUUAAUCCUAUGGAUCGUGAGGUGGAUCAUGAAGCAAUUGAGAAUGAAAAUGAGGAUGAAAAUACUCCCCCUAAAACGCAUGCACAAGCCAUGAAUAUCCAGAACAGUUUACGAGAUGUCAUCCAGCCGCCAAGCCCAGAGCACAGCUAUUACAACAGUAUUGAUAGACGCAGUAACUUCCACCCAUCAGAGUAUGGGGAUACAGAUAGCCCAGAUGUGAGGUUCAACAAUGGCCAUAAUGUCGAACCAAUAUACAAUGAUCCCCCAACAUACAACCCCCCUGACUAUAACUGGCUCAGUCGUCUCCAGCAACAAGUCAACCACUCCCGCGAGCAUAUUAAUAGGUCACAUGACCAAAUGACUCAGUCUCCUCGACCCCAGAACAAUCGGGGGUCACUUGACCAAAUAAAUAGAUCUCGGGAUCACAUUCCCCGAUCGUUUGAACAAGUGAAUAGAGCAAAAGAUAUGAAUAACCGAGAGGAAAAAUCGGCGAAUAGUAAGCAUAAAAAGAGGAGGAGGCGUCCUAAAAAUGAUGACGAUAACCCUCUCCCGCCCUCUGCUCCCACUCGUGACAUGGCGACUAACACUGAUCUAAGCAGUAAUGAGGGGACCUUGGAUAACAGUUCAUCUUACAGGAGCACUGAGGAGACAAAUGUACAAACAACACCUUCACCCCCUCCUAUAGUCUACAAUGCCCCAUAUAGGCCAAACAUUGAACCAAACCAUAUUUAUACAGACAACGGGUCACCCUUAAUGAUGGGUAAUAAUGGGUCUGGUUCGCCCUUAAUGAUGGCCAAUGGUUCUAGUUCUCCCUUGAUAAUGGCCAAUGGAUCAGGGUCACCCUUAGUGACCGGCAAUGGAUCUGGUUCACCCUUAAUGGGUGUCAGGAACUCUCCUGUGCUGAGCAGGCAUCGGAAUUCACCACAAGUUUUGACUAAUAGGACACCUGCCCAUAUAUAUAAGGAUCUGCCCAGGGUGCAUGACUACAGUGGUUCUGAGGGCUCAUAAAGGUGGCGCUACGUCCCACAUUAUGCCUCGUUAAACUUUUGUGUAUAUAUUUCUGUUGUACGCUGGGUAAUAUUACCCAUAAUGAUGCCAUUGUCUGUGAUGGGAGGGGAAUGAGAGAUCUUCAUAUUGUUAAGUCUACUGAAGUUAAAGACAGUCAAAUCUAGUUGCUAUAGAGACCAUAGUUGCCAUGGAAACACUUAUAUGUUGUAUUUUUUUCUUACCAUCAUUCAUGGAGAUACGUAACUAUAUGUUCACUUGGAAGUACACUAACACGGAACAUAAUGGGUAUAAUGUAAUGUGUGCGGCCUAUAUACAUGUAGAUAUUUGUACCAAACUAGAAUGUCUAUUAAAAACAAAAUGAAGAAGAAAAUUCCAAAACUUUAGAGAGAUUAAUCUGUUGUUGCACAUUAGCAAAUGAUCUAUAGCUAGUUCUUUCCUGUCCAUAGAGAUUAAGUAAAUAGAAUUUAGAAUAAGUAUGGACAUUUAUUUAAGGAAUAACCAAGGCAGGGAAGUCUAGCUGAAGUCCAUUGCAAAACACCUAAAUUAUUUAUGUCACAAGUUACACAUUACAACUGAGAUUGUCCUCUAAUCUUAGGCUUUGCUUGCAAUCAUAAUUGUAUAUUUAUGCAUUAAACCAUUCUCUUGCCAUAUGAUGAGUAUA